AAGGGAACAGAGAGAAGAUGAUGAUGAUGAUGAUCCUUUUGUCAGCAGAGAAAUUAAAUCGGUUUAUUUAGCAUAUGUAGAUAAUCCUAUGGUCACUCACUCUGUCUUUAUUUGGGGAUUUUUUUUUUUAUUUUUAAUGGAUGAAUACUAGUUGCUUCUUUAUAUCCAGAAGUUUUUGUUUGAUUGGAAUGUGGAGUAGCUUUACUGAAAAUAUGGAUGAGAUGAAGAAUCUUAUUUGCUGCAAACAUCAAAAGUGAUCUCUUUCCCCACCUUUUUUUUGGAUCUUUUAGUUAAUAUCAGGUUAGUUCUAGUAUUCCUGGUACUUGCCAUUUCUGUGAAGGCAAGUCGUUGUAAUAGAAUUCUUUCUUCUUCUUUUUUCUUGGUAUAUGAAGCCAAAAAUGGUGAUGCAAAGGCAGAUAGCAUCCAAUCCAUAUCAAUGAAAUGAUAAUGAAAACAUUUCGUUGGAUGACCUAAUUAAAACCCCUGUUAGCAUGACUUAAUCUGAGAGCCAUGGUGGAGUUCCCACAAACUAGUGUUGUCCACCUAUGAUGCCAUGUAAGAUCUUUCAGGUUUCUCUCUCUCUCUCCCUCUUGCGCUUUUGUCCUACUUUAGCCACUUUUGCUUACUAUAAGAAUACUCGAUCCUCCCUGAGUUUGUCGUGACAGAAAUGGCUUACCAUACGGCCAUGCAUGAAGAAAACCUGCGAAAAGGGCCUUGGCUUGAAGAGGAAGAUGAGCGGUUGAUAACAUAUGUGACACUCCUGGGGGAACGGCGAUGGGAUUCUCUGGCGAGAUCUUCUGGGUUAAAGAGGAGUGGCAAAAGUUGCAGGUUACGGUGGCUGAACUAUCUGCGACCCAAUAUUAAGCAUGGUGACAUAAGUGCUGAAGAAGAGCAGAUCAUCGUUCAACUUCACAAGCGAUGGGGCAACAAGUGGUCAAGGAUUGCUAGAAGCCUACCUGGAAGAACUGAUAAUGAGAUUAAAAACUAUUACAGAAGCCAUUUGAGAAAGAAACUAGAAGCUCUGGAACAAGAAAAAUUUCCCAAACAAGGUAACUUGUUCGAGAAAGGUGAAGACGGUACCUAUGAACUAAACGCUGAAGAUGGGUCCGAAAGUAUCACAGAAGUUAGCACAGGAACUCGUUUUAGUGAUAGUCAUUCACUACCAAACUAUGCAGUUGCUAGCUCAUCACCAUAUGAAAUUCGGCUAUCAGAAUGGAUAAUGGGAAUGCCAGACGAUCAAAGUGAGGUACAGCACCAUAGUUACAGUGACAAUUCCCUAGAUUGUAGCGCAUCUUUUUCUUACUCGGCUUGGAAUUCUGAAGAGAGGGAUGUUAGUACGGCGUGGGACUGUUCAGGGAACCUCUGGAACAUAGAGAGUUGAGAUUUUAGUAGAGCGAAAAGAAAACUUCCAAAACUGUGUAAAUAUUUAUCAUUAUGUACCAUGCAGUUGCGCUAAUGUAUGUACACUUUUUAGUGUGUUUCCGUACUUGAUUCCCUCACUUCAAUCAAUCCAAAGUAGUUUCCCUUU